AUGGAUUCGAUUGGCAGUCUCCCGCCACUCCCAAAACCAACGCCAGUGAAAAAAGCGCCCUCAUUAGUCUUUACUAGUGAUAAUACACCUGCAUAUGGAUCUGACUUCAAACAUUCUUCUAGACCAAAGUCUGGGGUUAGCGCCUUCCAACAGCAGAGUGACAAUCAAGGCUUAUCCACAAAGACUAGAGUGGGAGGUUAUAGGUCCGGGUUGCCCGAGAUUGUUGAAGAACGUGCUAGGUCGAACGACACAAAGGAUCGCGGAGGAUUUCCAGUGUUUCCACGUGGCUAUAAAAAACCGGAACUUAGGUCCGAAACAUUUUUGCCGGCCGUUCCACAGGAAAGGCAGAAAGCUGCCGGUGAUAUUGCAGUUACCCCUACUGCAGGUACUCGAAAUCCCAAUACAGGAGGAGGGGGAGGGGGAGGGGGAGGAGGGAAGCGGAAACAAGACGAUGACGACGAUAAAGACGAGCAAGAACAGAAAAAACAAAGGGGCGAUCAUCUCCGUACACAAGAAGAAGAAGAGUUCAGGCAAGUUGAAGAUUUCAUCAUAAACGCCAUCCACGAUGACGAGUUUUUGAGGCUUCUUGAGAUGAUCGGUGGUGUUUGGCAGCGAAUGGGUUUCGAUGAAGUUAGGCAUAAUUUAUCCGGCGCUGGCGCGUAG